AUGAAAUUAUUUUUAUAUAUUUUCUUUUCAAUAUUGUUAGGUUUAGAAGCGUGCAAUCAUAAAACAUGUGAUGGAUGCAUAAGAGAUAGUGCGAUAUGUGCGUGGUGCUAUCAGGAUAAUUUUGAAGAUAUUCGAUGCAAGGCAGUGACAGAUAUUACUGAAACUUGGUGUCCAGGUCAUAUUAUGAAUCCGAAAAGUAACGCAAUGGUGACAGAAAAUUUGGACUUUAAUUCGUCAAUUGGAAACGUUGUGCAGAUCAGACCACAAAAGCUGGAUGUUAUCUUAAGACCUGGAGAUUCAGUUAAUUUUGAAAUAUUUUUUAAACGAGCUGAUAACUACCCAGUGGAUUUGUAUUUCUUAUUCGAUGGUUCCGAAACGAUGGUAAAAAUCCAGAACCAAACCGCAAGUCAUAUUGAAGAACUAUAUAAAAUGAUGUAUAAAAUGACAAACAAUGUGUUUUUAGGGAUUGGUUCAUUUAUUGACAAGAACGCAUUGCCUUUUGCCUUUUUUAAAAACAGCACUCAUACUUAUUCAUUUCAAAAUCGAUUAAAAUUAAACAACGAUCUUGAACUUUCUAAAAAUGUAUUGAAAAAUGCACCAUAUGGAGGUAAUUAUGAUGUGCAAGAGGGUGUCUUAGACGCUCUAGCUCAAGUAAUAGUAUGCAAGGAUGAAAUUGAGUGGCGUAAUGAGUCGACAAAAAUUAUACUAGUUAUAACUAACCAGCCUUAUCAUACGGUCGGCGAUGGAAAAUAUGCAGGGAUUUUUCAGCCAUACGAUGGGAAAUGCUACCUAAAAAAUAAUAAGUACUCGAAAGAAUUAGAGCUCGAUUAUCCUUCAGUUAGUAUUAUUAACAAAUUGGCAUCUGAAGAGGAAAUAAUUGUCCUGUUUGCUGUUCACAAUGACGUACUAAACGCUUAUAACGCUCUCGGAGAAAAUAUCAGAGCCUCAAAACAUGCUGCAUUUCAUGGCAAUGAGAUCACUAAAUUAUUAAAGUCUAUAUAUAAGGGUAUCAUACAAAGCUUGAAAUUAAAAGUAAACAUCGACAGCAAUCUUCAAAAGUACGUACAAAUCUCAUUCAAUCCAGAUUGUUAUAAUCAUCCUGAAAACACUAAAUGUAGAGUUAAAGUGAAGGAAGAAAAAAAAAUUAUCGGCACUAUCAAACUAUUGGAAUACACUGAUGUUAAAAAUAUAGAAAUGAGCAUAUUAUUCGAGGGAAUUAAAGAAAAAUUAAAAAUUAAUGUAAAUGCUUUAAAAGAUUGCGAUUGUAAAAAAGAAGUGAAUUCAUCAUUUUGUAAUUAUGGAGGUACACUAAAAUGUGGUGUUUGCGAGUGUUAUGAAGAUAGAUACGGUGAAAAAUGUCAUAACCCCAACGACUUCUCAACUUGUAUCGCGCUUAACACUACUGCAAUUUGUAGCAACCAUGGGCAUUGUGACCGAGGAAAAUGUUCGUGUAAAGAAGGAUACGAAGGUAACUAUUGCGAGUGCAAGACCGCCUGUCCGCUAGAGACUGACGAUAGAUGCGAGUGCGUCUGCGGGGCGUGCAAGUGCAAGGCUGGCUGGGACGGCGACCUCUGCAAGUGCCCGUCACCCCCCGAUUGUUCCGCUCGUGAUGAUAAAAUAUGCAACGGUAGAGGCCUCUGUACGUGUGGUAAAUGUGAAUGUCAGGACCCUGCUAACUGGGACGUAAGAACUAAGCAAGACAAGUAUUGCAACGUGUCAUGCGCUGAAGAAGAGUCCUGCCACAAGCGACAGUGUUCCAUUUUAGAGCCACUUGUGUUAACCUACUUGCAAGAAGACGGUUAUAUUUAUUACGACAAUGUAAAUAUAACGAAAGAAAAAAAUUUAACAUCCCAGAACUCGACUGGUAUUUGGAACCUCUGCCCAAAAUUACGGGUUGAUGUAGGAUGCUACACUCAAUUUAUAUAUAGCUAUAGCGAGGAAUCAUAUGGCAUUCGGUUGAAAAUUCAAUCUGACUUGGAUUAUGCAGAGACAUAUUAUCUAUUAGGUGGUGUGAGUGUUUUGCUGUUGAUAUUAAUUGGAUUAGCGACAUUGAUUGCUUGGAAGUGCAUUACAGACCGACGUGAUCGACUUGAGUUUGAACGUUUUAAGAAAGAAGUCGCUGCGUCGGCAAUGUGCGAUAACCCUAUAUUCCAGCCAGCUACAAAUACUUUCCAAAACCCAGCAUUUGGCAAGAGAUCUUUUCGGUCU